AUGCCAAGUUACUCCGCAGACCAGUUCUACCAAGAUUGGCGUUACGCCUUGGGCAAAGAAUUCACCACCAAAGAUGGUCAACCGUUCCCUUACGCCGAAAACGGCCAUUUGCAUUGGGAUGACGAGCUCAAAAAAUUAGACUUCGGCAAUCAAGGACCGUAUAAUGCUUGUGUGAGCAAUGAUGGACAAUCUCUAGCCGUGGCCUUGCAGCAGGACAUUCAUAUCAUCGACACGAACACCUGGGCGACCGCCUGCAUCCUCCGAGGGCAUGCCGAAGCAACAGAGGGCUUCGCCUUCGCGCCGAAUGACUCCAAUGUUCUAGUAUCAACUUCUCAGCAUGAUUUUGGCGAAGGCUCCACGUAUACAGAGCCUGUCAUCAUUAUCUGGAAUAUCAAAGAGUACCAGAAGCGUCAGGUUGCGAUCCAAAGCCAAGCCUCGCUGGAUGAGGUCGUCGCCGCAGCAUCCCAAACAGCUGCGUCUAAACUAGUUGAGAAAGGCGUGAAGGAGAGCGAAGAUCUGCGCGAAAAACUCGAGAGGGCCAUCAAACCGGGCGUCACUAGUGUUGUGGCCAGCGAGCUGGUCAAGGACACUCUGCAUCUCCGGGGACGCAUAAGAACGAUCUUUGGAUCCCAGGUAUUUAGUCCGUCGGGGAAGAAACUUGUGUAUAUACCUGGCGGUCGGCUCCGAUCCAACGAUGUCGACGUCUGGGACAUCAACAUCGUCUCUACCAGUGACUUUCAAUCGGAUCGGAUCGCCCUUCAUGGUCACACUGACUCGCUCAUGUGGAUGGGGUGGAACCAUGACGAAUCUUUGUUCGGAAGUGUCUGUUGGGAUCAGACGAUUCGCAUUUGGGAUGCAACUACUGGGAAUCAACGAUUUUGUUUUACCACAACCAAGCAAAACUGGGCGGGUGGAUUCUCUCCAGAUUCGAAAUACUUCGCUGCCACCUGCGGCACUGGUGCCACACACAUAUACAGUAUGUCUGAUGGCUCCCCGGUUUGGGUCUUCGAGCGCGAAGGGACCAGGGGGUGGCGCCGGGCGCUGGACUGGCACCCUAAUAGUAAGUGGCUGUCAGUCGGAGGAGAAGAACUGGCUCCUGUAUACCUGUUGGAUGUAGAGAAGAAAAAAAUCCUCCAGAAACGAACUCUGUCGCCGGCGAAGUCGCAUGCUCAAGCUGGUAGGGACAUUGAAACCGUCCGAAACAUGCUAGGGGGUAUGUUAGGUGUCCGCCAGGUCCGGUUUUUUGAUAACGGAAACAAGCUGGCUAUUUGGACCUUUGGGGACGACAGUGUUGAGGUGUAUGACUUGGCUCGAGAGGUGAAAUGGAGGUUUGCGAGAGGCGGGACGGAUGAUGGCAUGGACAAUACGAAAUGGACAGAUGGGAAAGGGCAGCUCAAAGCUACAAACGGUUACAAAAUGGUAAUUUGGGAGGAUAAAGAGAAGGGACAGGCCAUGUUUGCUACUGUGGACUAUGACGGGAUCCGAAUCUGGCCUCUCCCGCUGACGGGGCCUUGA